GGCAGACACCUAUCACUUUCGCUCACCCUAUUCGUCUUCGUUCUUACGGUUCGAUAACGACACUACGACUCGAAAUCCGCAUCUUUCACACGUCCUUCGAUAUUACACCAUCUCCCAAUUCGUUGCCUUUUUUGGUCCAGUGGCGGAGUAGAACGCAGUAUAUAAUCUAGAGGCCGAUUCCACUCAGAAUGGCCCAUCAUGGCAUCGCAAGGAACCCUCGUUUAAGCAGAUUGUUAAGGAAAAAAUACCAUUCCGAAUCCCAGCACAGGAAAGAUGUGGAAACCACGCUGAAUCAGCUACUCGACAAACGUCAGCAUUCUGAAACGCCCCAGGAGGAUUUGACAAAGAUCGUGGCCACAGUGGUCAGCGUAAUCGACAAUGAAUCUCAGACUUUUUAUGAGUCGACCAGCGCCAGUUUGUCGUUGACAUUUUCGGACGAGGAAUUCGCACAGAUCUCAAUAUCAGCCGUUUCUGCUGAACCAAGUUCGAUCCCGAUUUCAGUUCCCUCCAGCACAGAUCAUGGAUCUAUAAGCGCGUCUCCGGCAUAUUCUUCUCCCACGGCAAACAUUCCGUCGUUGACUAGCAAGGGUCUUAUCUCCAAUUCGUCGAGUACGCCUAGUCCAGUGCGCUCCUCCUCUUUCCUGGUAGCCACCUCCAAUUCGACAUCUUUGACUCCCACUCCGCUACCUUCUAGCGCAUCUAUGUCGAAUACGAGCCAAAUUCUGAGCACCUCUGCCACCUCUUCCACAACGAGCGCGGAUUUCUGGUCAAGUUCGAGUUUUACUUCCACGUCAACCUCGACUUUCUCUUCCUCUAGCUCUACUGAUGGCGGCUCAGGUUUUGGAGGCGGAGGAUCAAUUGCAACUGAAAGUAGUCCGUCGGCAACUGGUUCUUCCCAGGGUUCGACUCCAACAAAUAGCGGUAGUGCUAGCCCUCAGACACGUACGAUUGUCGGCGGUGUUGUUGGAGGCUGUGCUGGUGCCUUCUUUCUGUUUCUUAUAGCGUAUCUUCUGGUUCGCCAACGCAAGGCUGCCAUGCGCAAGGCUGCCGAGGGCCUUCCCUCAAAUAAUAUAACUGGAGGUGCCGCCGCUGGUGGAGAAGGAUCUAUCGCACGUUCAGGAGAGAUGGCUUCUCGACGCUCUAGCAAUGAUCCUCUUUUUAGGGCUUCCUACUUUUCUCCAGCGUUUAUGAGGCGAUGGAGACAAUCUACCCAGACCACCAGUACGGAUAGUACCUUGGUUUCGAAUACCGGUGAACGUGGCUUCCAAAAGAUAUCCGGCCGGAAGAUUCCUUCCGUAUUGCACUCAGGAGGAGAUGGGUAUGGCGGCGGUCUCGAAGCGGGUUCUCCAACUGCUUCUGAACCAAGUAUGACUCUACCACCGCCGUCACCUGUUAUGCCACGUUCGCCCUCAACUCAACCUCCUCCUUCGAUCCCAUACGGCAUGCCUCUGGAUGUGACCUACACCAGAGAGACGGAUGAGUUCGAUCCAGUGGUGAUAGUGCGCCCGUCUCCCGCCAGAACGCCCGUGUCCGAAUCCGUGCAUAUGGUAUCUCCCAGCGCGUCGUCAGCAAGUCGACCCCAACCACAAGGGACCUUGUCGCCCACCAUCCCAGCAAGACCCGAUACUCUGGGUCGAAGUCAUCCAAGUUUCGAUGGGAGUCGAGGCAGUCGGUUUACUGAGAGUUUAUAGGCUUUUGGCGGGGGUCGAUGCGAGGGUCUCUAGCCCUGCCGACCUCUGUCUGUGCUAUGUGACUGACAAAAUCUAGAGCAUUUGUUGCUCUGCUUUGUAAAUAUACCCUGAGAUUCCACACUGUCUCAGUGUAGUAUAAUUUCACCCUGUACUCUUAAUCAGUCUAUUUUCAUGUAUGGAUACCCCAAUUUAUUUUCUUUAUUGUUUUUCAUCUUUUAUUAUUUUAUCA